AUGGUUCCUAAAUCCAUUAAGGGUGGAAAGUCUAAGGUCGCCGUAGGCUCCCUUAAAGCAAAAGUUACUAGGGGAAGAGUUCUAGUGAACAAGACUAAGCGCGCUAUUGUCGAGAUAAGCUCUAGCUUUAGCUCCGGCUCUAGCGACAGCGAUAGCGAUAGCGACGCGAGGCAGGCUAUGGCUGCGGCGAAAUCCACCCUAAAGUCUAGCUCCAAGAAGACCUCCACCCUAAAGUUAAGCUCUAAGAAGACUUCCACCCUAAAGUCUAGCUCUAAGAAGAUCUCUACCCUAAAGUUAAGCUCUAAGAAGACUUCUAUCUUAAUGUCUAGCUCUAGCUCUAGCUCCGGCGAUAGUAAUAGCGACAGCGAUAGCGAUAGCGACGCGAUGUAG